UGAAAAAGUACCAAUUCAUUCGCUCGUCAAUUUUUUCGCUCGUCUUCUAAGCUAAAAGCAAUAGUCAAAACUUGCUCAGCACUCUGUUUCUCUUAUACGAGCUUUCUAAAUCAUUAAUUCUCAGCUCCUCCCAACCCUCUGGCUAAUGUGGACUUAUUGGACCGACAUCAAUAAAUCUCAUCGAUAUGUGAUGAGCUAACUACAAAAAUGCCAGUUUCAUACUCUUACGAAGUCAGUAAUAACAAGUUCUUCGGUCUGCUGCGAAUUAUUUUCAGAUGGAAAGGGAGCGUAUGGAGAGUUCUUUCUUUCGAGCUUUUUAUUUACUUUGUUCUGUAUGCUGCAGUCAGACUGGUUAAGGAACUUGUAUUGACCGAUAAACAAGUAGACUGGUUCGACGAGUUCUGUGUCAUUUUGAAGUCAAAUAUGGACACCAUCCCGCUGGCUUUCCUGUUGGGUUUCUUCGUCAGCCAAGUAUACUCAAGGUGGAAUCAAAUCUUCGACUCAAUCCCGUGGCCGUUCUCGCUGAUUGAUUGGAUGUGCAUCACUCUUCAACUACCUAGAGAUGAGCCAGAUGGAAGAGAGAAACAAAGCAGGAACCAGGACGUGAAAAUUGUGGUCCAAACGUGUUCGAGAUAUGUACAUCUGAGCUUGGCAAUGGUGUUACGAGACAUCUGUUACCAAUUCAGAUCACUCAUGAAAGAACGAAAACUUACCUUCGUAGAUAUGGGUCUGGCAAGUGACUUUGAGAUGCGACAGCUGUACAGUACACAGGAGUUGAUGCCACAUGAGUUGGAGAAGCUCAAGUGGCCGAAGGGGAAAAAUGAGGAAAAGAGGACAGCGAGCUGGAACUGGUGGCUGCCUUGUGCAUGGGCCACCAGACUCAUCAGGGACGCCUACGACAGGGGCUUCGUCGACAACAAAGAGAACAUGGCACUAGUUUACCAGAAGAUACACGACUACAAGGCACUCCUGGGAGGUCUGAUUGCCUAUGAUAGUAUCCCGGUGCCAUUGCCAUACACGCAGGUAGUGUCUAUCGGAGUGUACACGUAUUUCUUCCUGGCCCUGUUCGCCUAUCAGAAUGUGACGAGUGUGAGUUCGGACAGUGGUUAUGACAGGUACUUUGUGCCCUCCACUCUCCUCCUCCAGUUCCUCAUCUACUACGGGUGGUUCAAAGUGGCAGAAGUGCUUCUCACUCCUUACGGCAGGGAUCUGGACUACAACUACGACAUGGUUGGAUACUUCGCACUUCAUUUAGAGCAGUCUAGAGCUCACGUGGAGUACUCGUACGACAUGGAGACCUUUCUGAGAGAGGAUCCUCACAGCAUCACUCGACUGGCCAGGGUGCCCAGGGAAGACUUGUUCGUCACACACAUCGAGAGCCACAUGUUCGGCUCACUAGUCGACGGAAUAGUAGAUAUUCCCGGCUUCAUCAUGGACACCUCGGUCACCCUAUGGAAGCUGCCCAAGUCGGUGUGGAAUAACAACCUGACUUCGAACAGACAGAAAAACCAGGGAAGCAACAAGGGUCAACCAGGCCCCAGUGGCAGUGGCAGUCAUGCUAUUAAAGAUAAUGCAAGUGACCCACAAAUAGUCUACAUUAAGAACACACACGCUAACUCGGGAGCUCUCGACGGGAGAGGAGACGAUGAUCACGCGACUGUUAACAUUGCACAAGAGUCUAUUUGAUUUUUCUGUCUACUUCAUAUCAUGUUUAUUAGCUCUUUUUCUCUUUCGCUUUUUGAAGCUCGGGUUCGCUGUUAUACGGUUAAUGCCGAAUUGUUGGCAAUAUCUUUUUCGGUCAACAAAUAUGAAAGAAGUUAGUUAACCUAAGACUGCUCAUUUCGACGUCGGGUUUCAUUUUCUCACUGAUUUUCACACGUAAAAAUUGUCUACAAAAAACGUACUUGCCUAAAAUGAUAUUGUUUUUGACCUAUUGCUCACGGUCAUCUAUAUUGCCAACAAUUUGGCUUUAAAUAUAAAAAAAAGUUAAAUGCCGCCAACUGAGGAGUGCUUGCUUUCAAGGUAAAUUACUCAUACCAGUAGACAGAAUGCGCAAAAAUAGUGUUAGCCAAUCAAAAAUGAGUAAUUAGGAAUCUGAAAGAAAUAAGCUGCAAAAUCAUUCAGUUUCAGACGAUAUGAGGUAUAUUUUUUGAUUGGGAAUUUUCGCGCAUUGUGUUGUUUGAGAAUAAAACCCCGUGUUCCAUUUGCUAGUUUGUUAAUUAAUUGAUUGAAAUAUUUUAUCUGCUAGGAAAGUGUUCAACGUUUAGCCAGAGAGCCAGUUAACUAAGGUUUUAAUUAUUCCUUUUAAUGUUUCGGAUUCGUUGCCUUCUGGUUCAGGCUUCAAAAUGGCUGGAACUGGCUAUUAAAUUUAUUGCCAAGUUCCACGGACCCAAGCUGGAAAACACUUAUUUGUUCUGCCAUUUUUCUCGGAUAUGUUUGUCCAAAAAUUCGACUCAGGGUUUCCGACUGAGUGCCAGACUCUUCAAUCGUGCCGAUAUUAAAUCAAA